AUGGCUCAUGCAAAUGUGGCUUCUCUUCUGAGAACAAUAGAAUCUCUCUUGUCAUCCAAUUCACCGAUGCGAUCUGUAUCCUGUGAUCACAGAGAAGACUUUUCUGCUCUUCAUGAAAAGAUUAGUUCCCUGGAAGUAUUUCUCAAGAACUUUGAGAAAAACAAUGUUUCUAGGGAACUGACAGCUUUGGAAGUGCAGAUAAAAGAAGUUGCAAAUAUUGUUGAACAGACAAUUCAACUAAGAGUAACUGAAGUUGUAUUGAAAAGGCACAUGAGAGUAAAGGCACAUGAGAGGCUUUCUGAUAUCCUGCAACAAGCAGCAAAGGACAUUGAUCGUAUCUGGAAAGAGUCAACAAAGAUUCAAGAUAAAGAAAAACAAGCAUCAAAGGAAUCAACGGUUCAAGAUUUUUCAAGUUCAACAAACAAUAUUCUAAAUGUUAACAACAGUAUGGUUGGACGUGAUGAUCAAAAGGAGCGGUUGUUAGAAGAUCUGACUGCAAGCUACUCUGGUGAACCCAAAGUCAUCCCGAUUGUCGGGAUGGGAGGCAUAGGUAAAACAACCUUAGCGAAAGAAGUUUACAAUAAUGAAUCAGUUCUACGCCGUUUUGAUGUUCAUGCCUGGGCUACAGUAUCUCAACAGCACGACAGAAAGGAAAUUUUGCUGGGCCUUUUGCGAUCGACGAUCAAAAUGGAUGACAGGGUUAAGACGAGGGGUGAAGCAGAGCUAGCAGACGUGCUGCAGAAAAGUUUAAAGAGAAAGAGGUACUUAAUUGUCUUGGAUGAUAUCUGGAGUUGUGAAGUGUGGGAUGGUGUGAGACAAUGCUUUCCAACUGAAGACAAUGCAGGGAGUCGAAUACUGUUGACUACCCGUAACAAUGAAGUAGCCUGUUAUGCUGGUACAGAGAAUCUUUCUAUGCAGAUGAACUUCAUGGAUCAAGAUGAGAGUUGGAACCUUUUUAAAAGUGCAGCAUUUUCAAAUGAAGCAUUGUCAUCGGAGUUUGAAACUAUUGGGAAGAAAAUCGCAGAGAAAUGUCACGGGUUACCACUAACUAUUGUCGUGGUUGCUGGGCUUCUCAAAUCUAAAAGGGCAAUAGAAGAUUGGGAAAGUGUUGCCAAAGAUGUCACGUCAUUUGUCACAAAUGAUCCGGAUGAGCAAUGUUCACGUGUGCUUGGGUUGAGUUAUAGUCACUUGACCAGCGAUCUAAAAACGUGUCUUCU